AUGUCUUAUAAUCGCUUUUACACAAAUUACCAAGGGGGCAAUGUUGCAUUCCAUGACUUCCGAUACCCUCCACCAGUUCACCCCGUGGCCUUCACCAAAGAAAUAUCUGAUGAGGAGUUUAUCAAGAAUUUUGAAUCAUUCAUUCCACAAGCUCCAGCAAGAAAAAAAUUCUCAGCUUCUAAAAUAUAUCCAAUAAAAGAAAAAUUGAUAUCAUUAGUUUCUUUGUACAACGACAUUCAGGAAGAAGAGAAGAAGUUGUCAGAAAGUGUAACAGAACUGACCGACAAUGAAUGGCAGUCGGCAUUUGAUAGCAUAAUGAAUAAAAAGAAUGGAAUUAAAGACCACAUUAGUGCAUUAUACAGCUCUCAGCUUGAUCUAGGAAAGAAACUCAUAGCCAAGAGAUUAGCAAAACGGCUUCGCUUAAAGAGACUCAAAGAAGAAAGAAAAAAGGAGAAGGAAGAAAUAAAGAGAGAAUUAGCAGAGAAAUCUAGAAAGAUCGAUGAGAACUUACAGAAGAUUCAAGAUGACAUCCAGAGAGCAAAACAAGCUGAAGAAGAUAAAUUGCAGGCUGACGCAGUGUUACGAGAAACACUGAGGAAGAAACUGGAUGCUAGGAGAAGUAUUAUGAAGUUGGAAGCUCUCAUUAAACUGAGACAGGCGAGACUCAACACUGCCAAGGGAAUGGGAAAAACUGUCUCGGAAGCCGAAACAACACAGUUCCUGGACAAUAUCGAUAAACUCAGGAAAUUGUGGGAAUAUAAAGCUAUAAUGUAUCAAAAAGAAGAGAAAGAUCUGCGAGACAAGUUGGAACAGAACAGUAGACAGAAUAUUAAUGUGUGUAAAUCAGAUGUCGCGGACAAUAUAAUGAAGUGGAAGGUGGCUAUGUUCGGUGAGGAUGUGCAACCGCAAGUGGAUUUCAACGGGAAUGUUGAUUGGUUCAUAGCUGUUAGGUCGUCAUGGGAUCGCUACAUUGACUCUGGCCCCGAUGCCAGCUCAGUGCCGAUGGGCUGGCUCACAGCUUCAUAAUUUGCUAUGUUAUUAUAAUUUAAUACUAUUUCGAACAUUAAACUAUUUGAUAGAA